CAUUUAAAAUCUUCGUUUACACAAAGAAGGGUAUUCCUUAUGUAAAAAUCCCCUUUUUCUAUUUAAAAAUGGAUUCCUUGGACUGUAUACAUAUUUGGUAUUCGAACGUUUUACUUCCAUGGGAAUAUUUACCAAGAUUGAAAAUUCUUCAACAACCUUUUGAGGAAAUAAUACAAUCUCACAAGUCAACUUUUGGAAAAACGGUUUAUGAAACUUUCAGGACGCUUCUACAACCUCCUAAUGCUAUCUUUCUCAGUCUUGAUAAAGAUUAUGAAAAGCAUUAUGACUCUUUAUUGGAUAAAAGGCGAGUUGAAAAAGAAGGAUGUGUAAAUUCUCACGGACUUCAACAAGUCAUCAACGAUUCAUAUUUCAAAGGGCAGUAUGUUCCGCAAAUGUAUGUGGUGGUUGUCAAGGCUUGUAGAAUUCAACCAAAUGGACUUGCUCUUCAAAUGUGUAACGAUUCGUCCAUGCUUCUAACUAGCCUUAGUGGUGCAUGUAGUUUAGAGAACUUGGAAAACAUUGUUUACAUCCUUGGUCUACAUGACAUCGAUAUUGAUGCUACAUCAGAAAGUGAACUGUAUGCUGUCCGAAAGACGUUUGCUGAAAACAUCGGGCUUAUCAUGAAUGAUGUAGACAAGAAGCUAAUAGCUAGAGUUUUAAUUCAGGGUAAAAAUGGAAUCACUGGUCGGUUUUCGAGAUUACUUGAGAAGCAAUUCGUCAGAAAGGCCAAUGCCACGAUAACCUUUGUUCGGAAGUCUAUUGAUAAUAGCAGGAAACGAAUUCAAAAUUGGUGUAUUGGAGAUGAUGGGAAAAUCAUUCUCUCUCAUUACAGAAGUAAUGAAGAGCUGAUAAAUUUCCGUUUCCUACAAUUAUUACCAGAUGAUCAAAACUUGGACAGAGUAAUUCAAACAAUCGCAUCUACAUUAGCCAAAGAAGUAAACCAAGCUUUGGUUGGACACAUAACAUCCAUUGUGUCGGACGAUUUGUUUGCCUUCCCAAAGCAUGAAAUUCCAUUGUAUGGACCAGAAUACAAAAUUAGAAAACAUGUUAAACGUAUCGUGAAAAACAGGCGACCAUCUUCUUUGUGGCCUUUGAAGUUUGUUCUGUCGGACUUCAUCGACGACAAGGCUGUAGGGCUAAUGAUGAAUUCUUUUGAGGAAAGCUUCUGUAUGGAUUGGAAUGAGAAAACUGCAAGAAAAGCCAACGAAGUCAAAACAGCAAUUGAUGGACUUCAACGCGCUAUCAAGCAACAAGAGAACAUGCUUACAGAACAAAUCCCUUUCGAAAUACAGCUAGCUCUUGAAAGAUUUGAAGAAAUCCGCUCCAUAAAAAAGACUUCUCAAACAUUCACCAUCAAAGUGAAAAACACAGCACACAUUCAGAGGAGCCAAUUCUUUAAAGAUCAAGUAGACAAGCUUUUGAAAGAAAUGUGGCCCGAGUUCAAAGGAAAUCUCAAAAUUGUUCCAUCGGUAAAAGGUAUAAUAUUUAUGAAAACUCUAGAAUCUGGAUGCACAAUAUGCAUUAAAAAGAACAGUCGGGGCGAUUUGGGAAAGGGAAUAGGGUGUGUAUUCGGCGAGGACUCCAAGAGUGCAAAAUAUAUAUUCACAUGCUCACAUGUCGCACCCCCGGAAGAAAGGGUUUAUACAACUGAGAAGCAAUUCAUAGGAAAAUCCAAAAAACGUUAUACCAUAGAACCAUCUGAUGAUAUUACAGGAGCAUUUAAUGAUUUUACAGCGAUUAAAGUUUCUUCUCAUUCAGAAGUAGAAUUGCGCCAAAGGCUGUAUCAUCCUUUUGGAAAAACGUCCAACUUGAGAGUAUUUAACGGCAAUUACCAAAACCUCUAUGACAAAAAAUUAUAUUUAUACAAAACUUCAAAUCUUCGUCCGGUUUUUGUCGCAUACAAUGGAGAAACAUAUGAAAAAAUUGACAGUAGCUCAUCCGAAUCUGAAAUGGAGGAUUCACGGACAGGAACAAGCGGCUCUCAGUUUAGAAGAAGCGAUACAAUUCGUUAUGAAGAUGGGGACAAAAAAUUCAAACUUCAGCAAGGCGACAGCGGCUCGGCAAUCUGCUACUACGACGCUGAGAAAGAUGAAGUUGUUGUUGUUUUCCUUCUUAUAGGAUGCAACGAUGAUGAUGAAGAAGAAGAGUUCCUUUGCUGUCGAUUUUCUGAAUGUUUACAAUGUUUAAAACUUCGGGAACCGUCCAUGGCACUUCUUCGCACGUAGAUCUAAUGGUAAAAGUUGAAAGGGAAUCGUAAAAGGGGUGUCAUGCGGGAAAAACGAUGUAAAGGAUACAAAAUAUUCUGAUGUAUAGUUCAUAAAGGUUUUAGGAGUGACUGAAAAGAAGGGGGAAAGUUAGUGCAAGCAGACACAUUGUUUCUAUAUUGAAAAUAUGUGAAAUAAUGGUGGAAAACAUAUAUACACAUGUCAAUAAUUCAUUGAAAUAUCAAUGAUUUUGACGUUUUAACAUCAACACCAACAGCGGUUUUUCAAUGCAAAAAUACGUUGAAAAUUGGGACGAAUUUCGAUGUUGGAGAUGCAUCAAUUGCUGAAUUUUGAUAUUGAAACAAGAUUAGAAAUAUUACAUUUUGAUUUACAUAUACAUGUACAUGUAUUAGCGAACUACUUCAAUUUUGAAACAAUAAGUUUCACACAUUGCCAACCUUGAUCCAUAUUUCAUCAACUCAAUGCUACCUCAUGACCAAGUUUUCUUCCUUUUCAUAAUAAUUUCACAAAUAUGAAAGAGAUUUCAAUCUCAAACAUUUAAAAAAAAAAAAGAACGAAAAAACAUGUUUAACACACAGAAGGUUCUUGUCUUUGUUUCAAUGUUAUAUCAAGGUCACACUUUUCAUACCCAAAGACCUGAAAUUCCAUUAGAACAGACAUAAAUUGUAUAUAAUUAUGAAUCACAUAUUACAAAUUUUGUCUUAAUUUCCAGCAUAAUCACUAUGUAUGAAAUAAUUCUGUCUGGUUGCAUAGCAGAAUAAAGACUGGCAAAUUCAAUUACAAGGAAGACCGAAAUUCCUGUAAUUUCAGAGUUUGGCACAUUAAUCGUUACUUCUGCAGUCCUAUUUAUACUGCUUAAAUUUUCUUGUUUAGUUUACAUAUUGUCGUAUAUAUAGGAGAGAGGAGAAAAUCUUUGGCUGGACCGGGAAUCGAACCAGAGACCCCUGCAUCACUAGUUCAGGUGCUCUAACCACUGAGCUACCCAGGCUGAUAUCCACGGUCCGUAUAGCCCCAACUACUACAAUAUAAUACUAGUGUAAUAAAGUAGAUAAUGAUAAAGUGAAAGGAAGGGAGGAAAAUGCAACGGACCAGACCGGGAUUCGAACCCGAGCCCCCUGAAUCUCUAGUCAUGUGCUCUACCUACUGAGCUAACUGGCCACCGGGGAUCGAACCCGGCUGACCACUACAUUCCUCCCUCCUUUCAAUCUCUUCGUCCUCAAAGACACAACCCAGAUUCUUUUUGCCCCUGGCAGGACUUUAACCUGCAAGUCCAAGAGGUGGUAAACAGCACCAAAUGUAGUAUAGGAGAGGAGAAAAUAUGUGGCUGGACUGGGAAUCGAACCCAGGAUCCCUGCAUUACUAGUCAUGUGUUCUAACCACUGAGCUAUCCAGGCCGAUAUCCUCAGUCCGUAUAGCCCCAAUUACUACAUUCCUCCCUCCUUAAAUUACCUUCGACUUCGAAGACACAACCCAGAUUCUUUUUCGCCCCUCAUAGGACAACCUGCAGUGCAGGGAUGGUCACAGCACCAAAUGUAACAGGAAGAGAGAAAAUGCAACGGACCAGAACAUGAUUCGAACCCAAACCCCCUGAAUCUCUAGUCAGGUGUUCUACCAACUGAGCUAUCUGGCCACUGGCGAUCGAACUCGGCUGACCGCUACAAAAGAAAGAGAAGCUGAUUUUCUCCAUUCUUUGUUUUCAGUUUAGAGUUUCCUCUAUUAGGGUCAGUACUUAAGCGUUGAUUAGUUCAGUAAAACAAAAGUUUCUUAAAUCAUGUGUGGUAGUUUCGGUUUUACCUUUACAUGUACUUCUGGAUUUCGAUUCCGAUGUAAAUUAUUUACCCGCUGUAUUUGAACACGCCUACUUUAUCUUUCAGCCAAUAACUUUAAUGACAGUUUCUAUUGUUUAAAUUACUAUAUAAAGCCAUGCAGCGAACAAUUCAUCAAAGCGAGACAGCUGGCCUUGCUAGCUACACUUCACCUUCCCAUCUCCCUAUACUGGAAUCAAGUCUCGUUUGUCUGUUUUGUCCUUAUACUUUGCCCCUUUUAACUUACUAAAUUAAUAUAUUACCUUUGGGUUGGGAGAAUUUCUUGAUAGUUUAUAGGCUAAGUUCUAGGCUUUAGGAAUGUGUAUUUGUCAUAUUCAUACUACUGGUAAUAAAUUCGUUAAGUGUU